UGUUCCAAUUUCUGCUCUCUCUCACUCUCUCUCCUCUUUCCUAUCUUCUGUGACGCAUUCAGGCGAAGAGGGAGAGGAGAGACAGAGAGAGUCAGGCAGAAGAGAAUUGAAGAGAAAAGCAAGGGCACCUUCCCUGAAGACUCUCUCUAUCUCUUUCUAUUUCUCUCUCUCUCCCCCCCGAAAUACGAUUAUACAACAACCGCAAGACUCUCUCUGUCUCACAUUUCUUUCGGCAUCAUGAUCUCAUCCAAUGGAUGCAGCUUCCUGAGCAACACAGGGUUAGCUGGAUGUUUCAGUUCCUCUAGUCUACAGAGGAGGCGUUUUGUUCCUUUCAGGGUGGCAUGUUCGGCUUCUAGCGGUAGUUCAGGUGGUGACAGAAAGCACAGCCCUGUGAUGGAGACUAUAGCUGACGUGGACAAUAAUCCAACAGUAGCCGGCGGUGUUCGGGAUGUUUAUGGCGAGGAUAAGGCCACAGAAGAUCAAUAUGUUACUCCAUGGAGUGUUUCUGUUGCUAGUGGGUAUACCUUGUUGCGAGAUCCCCACUUUAACAAAGGGCUUGCCUUCACCGAUAAAGAAAGGGAUGCUCACUUCUUGCGAGGUCUUCUUCCCCCAACAAGCAUUCCACAAGAAACUCAGGUGAAGAAAAUGCUCCAGCAUAUACGUCAAUAUCAACUUCCAUUACAGAAAUACAUGGCAAUGAUGAAUCUUCAGGAGACAAAUGAAAGGCUGUUCUACAAACUUCUUAUUGAUCAUGUUGAGGAGUUACUCCCAGUUGUCUACACUCCUACUGUUGGAGAAGCUUGCCAGAAAUAUGGGAGCAUCUAUAUGCGUCCUCAGGGUCUUUAUAUAAGUUUGAAGGAGAAGGGGAGGGUUCUUGAAGUACUAAAAAAUUGGCCUGAGAAGGACAUUCAGGUCAUUGUUGUGACUGAUGGAGAGCGGAUCCUUGGUCUUGGGGAUCUUGGCUGUCAGGGGAUGGGAAUACCAGUGGGGAAACUUUCUUUAUAUACUGCACUAGGAGGAGUACGCCCUUCUGCUUGCUUGCCCAUAACCAUUGAUGUUGGCACGAAUAAUGAGGGACUGUUGAACGAUGAAUUAUAUAUAGGGCUCAGGCAAAGGCGAGCAACCGGCCAGGAAUAUACCGAACUUGUCCAUGAAUUUAUGACAGCAGUCAAGCAAAAUUAUGGGGAAAAAAUCCUUGUUCAGUUCGAAGACUUUGCAAACCACAAUGCUUUUGAUCUACUUGAAAGAUACAGAUCAACACAUCUUGUGUUCAAUGACGAUAUUCAGGGAACAGCAUCGGUAGUCCUUGCUGGACUUGUUGCAGGCCUGAAAUUUGUUGGGGGGAAGUUAUCUGAUCACAAAUUCUUAUUCCUUGGAGCCGGAGAGGCUGGCACUGGAAUAGCAGAGCUCAUAGCACUUGAAACUUCAAAACAGACAGGGGCAUCACUAGAAGAAGUGCGCAAAAACAUUUGGUUGGUGGACUCAAAGGGAUUGAUCGUCAGCUCCCGUAAAGAAUCACUUCAACAUUUUAAGAAGCCCUGGGCUCAUGAACAUGAACCGAUCACAGAACUUGUAGAUGCGGUUAAAAAAAUUAAGCCCACAGUGUUGAUUGGAACAUCAGGUCGAGGCAAAACUUUUACUCAAGAGGUGAUUGAGGCUAUGACUGAAAUUAACGAGAGACCUAUGAUUCUUGCCCUUUCCAACCCAACAUCAAAGGCAGAAUGUACUGCUGAAGAAGCUUAUACAUGGAGCAAGGGACGCGCCAUUUUUGCUAGUGGGAGCCCGUUUGCCCCAGUUGAAUAUGAGGGGGAAGUACUUGUGCCCGGCCAGGCCAAUAAUGCAUACAUAUUUCCUGGAUUUGGUCUGGGUUUAAUAAUGUCUGGGACCAUUCGUGUACAUGAUGACUUGCUUUUGGCAGCCUCGGAGGCUUUGGCUUCACAAGUGAGAGAGGAGCACUUUGACAAGGGACUCAUUUACCCACCGUUCAAAGACAUCAGAAAGAUUUCAGCUCAUAUUGCUGCAAAAGUAGCUGCCAAAUCAUAUGAACUUGGGUUGGCCACUCGUCUUCCUCAACCAAAAGAUUUGGUUAAAUUUGCUGAGAGCUGCAUGUAUACUCCAGCCUACAGAAGAUAUCGGUGAAGAAACAAUAUCCUUUUUAUUAUUUAUUUUCUUGACCUUGGCGUGAAAUUGUUUUUAUUGUCAAUUUUUUUUAUUUUAAAUAUUCAUCUGCUCUUGUAGUUUGUUGAGUGAGUAAGAAAGCCUAGCUGUUUACUGUUGGUAGUGCUAGUCGGUGUAGACAAUAACUUGGAAACUUAUAUGUAAUAGUGUUAAUUUUAUAUGAUGAAUCACUUAUAGGUAUGAUUUGUGUAAAGGUUUUAUUUUGCCUGAUUUA